AUGGCGUCGAGGAACCGGACUUUGAUUUUUAGGAAAUACAGGGACGCGUUGAGGAGUGUGAGGGUUCCUACCAGCUCUUCGCCUGUUUCUGCAUCGCCAACGACUAGCUCUGCCGCUGGUGGCCCGGUGAUCGAAUUGGUUAGUUCGUCGUUGCUGCAUCCGAAUCGGUCGUACGCUCUCUUAAGUACCGAGGAUCCGGGUAAUUCAAGUAAGGGUGCUCUUACGGUGGGUCUACCUCCGGCUUGGGUGGAUGUAUCUGAAGAAAUAGCUGCAAAUGUGCAGCGUGCACAAGUGAAGAUGAUGGAGUUAGCUAAAGCUCAUGCAAAGGCUUUAAUGCCUUCAUUUGGAGAUGGUAAAGAGGAUCAACGAUUAAUUGAAUCUCUCACGCAGGAUAUAACUAAUUUAAUCAAGAAAUCAGAGAAAGGACUCAAGAGGCUCUCUGUAGCUGGACCUUCGGAAGAUUCCAAUAUCAGAAAAAAUGUUCAGCGAUCUCUUGCCACUGAUCUUCAGAACCUUUCCAUGGAGCUUCGCAAGAAACAGUCAACUUAUUUAAAGCGCCUACGGCAGCAAAAAGAGGAAGGUCAAGAUGGGAUUGAUAUAGAGAUGAAUCUAAAUGGAAAUAGAUCGAGAAUGGAGGACGAUGAUUUAGAACAUAUGGUAUUUAAUGAGCAUCAGAUGGCUAAGCUGCGAAAAAGUGAAGCAUUCACUGCCGAAAGAGAGAGAGAGAUCCAACAAGUUGUAGAAUCCGUGAAUGAGCUUGCUCAGAUCAUGAAGGAUCUAUCUGUACUUGUCAUAGACCAGGGUACUAUUAUUGAUAGAAUAGAUUACAAUAUUCAAAAUGUUGCGACGACUGUUGAUGAGGGCCUUAAGCAACUGCAGAAGGCAGACAGAACACAAAAACAAGGAGGGAUGGUGAUGUGCGCGUCUGUGCUCAUUAUCAUGUGCUUCGUCAUGUUGGUUCUUUUGAUCCUUAAAACCAUACUAUUUUGAUCCUCAAGCAUAUAAUUCCAGAUAAUGCAUAGUUACCUACAUUGUUCCCCGGAGACCUUUACACAAAAGUUCAUGGCGUUUCCAGGCCAAUCAGAAAUUCUUAAGCACAUAGGACUCAUUCCUGUUGGCGUUUCCCGGCCAGGGAAGGGGGAGGGAUUUAGCUUCUUGAAUUAUAGAGUUAUGGUGGUGGACGGUAUAUUUUGUAUAGAGAUUGAUUGAGCAUUGGAAACUUCCCAUUGAUAAUUCUUUUGAUUUUCACGAGUUUUUAUAGAAGAA